UGUCACAUGACUUCGUGCUCACUGUUUGAGCGGAUGGUUGCUCGAGGGGUUCGGCACUGCGUUAUGAGAAGCGGUCUAAACGUGGAGCAGGAUAAUGCCGUCGAAUAAAUCUGUGUCUGACGCUCCGAUUACACAGUUUGUAAACUGUAAGAUCCUGAAAGAUCACAAACUGAUAAAAGAGGAUCUCUGGGUCCGUGAAGGGGUCAUCUUGAACCCAGAGAAGCUGUUUUUUGAUGAGAAAGGCUCUGCAGACACCCGGGUUGACUGCCAGGGUAGUAUAAUUGCUCCUGGUUUCAUUGAUGUCCAGAUAAAUGGAGGUUAUGGGAUAGAUUUUUCUCUAGCAACAGACGAUGUGAAAGGAGGAGUCACACUAGUCGCAAAGAAAAUACUUGAGCAUGGUGUUACCUCAUUUUGUCCAACCUUGGUCACCUCUCCGCCUGACAUCUACCACAAGGUGCUGCCUAAAAUUCAGUUCACAGAAGGUGGGCCAACAGGAGCUGGCGUGCUUGGCGUUCAUUUAGAGGGUCCCUUUAUUAGCCAGGAAAAGAAGGGGGCUCACCCUGAGCAACAUCUGCGUUCCUUUCAGACAAGAGGAUUCCAGGAGCUACUGGAGACCUAUGGGAGCCUGGAGAAUGUGGCCAUUGUGACCCUGGCGCCAGAGCUGCCUCAGAGCUCUGAGGUCAUCGAUGAGCUGACACGCAGACAUGUCACAGUAUCACUUGGACACUCGGUGGCUAAUUUGUCCCAAGCCGAGCUGGCAGUACAGAACGGGGCCAGCUUUAUAACUCAUCUCUUCAAUGCCAUGCUGCCAUUCCACCACCGUGAUCCUGGAAUUGUGGGUCUUCUGACCAGUGACAAAAUACCUUGUGGUCGCACAGUGUUUUAUGGGAUGAUUGCUGAUGGCAUUCACACCAACCCAGCAGCACUGCGAAUUGCACAUAGAGCACAUGCCAAAGGAUUGGUUUUAGUAACAGAUGCUAUUACUGCAAUGGGACUUCCCCCAGGAAGACAUACCUUGGGCCAACAAGUAAUAGAAAUUGAUGGAUUAAAUGCCUAUGUAGCAGGAACUAAAACUCUCAGUGGAAGUAUUGCUACUAUGGACAUGUGUGUAAGGCACUUUCUGCAGGCUGCUGGCUGUACUGUGGAAGCAGCUCUGGAAGCAGCGUCGCUUCAUCCUGCUCAGCUGUUGGGCAUCACGAAUAGAAAGGGGACAUUGCAGUAUGGCACUGACGCUGAUUUUGUACUUCUAGAUGAUCAGCUUAAUGUGAGAGCAACCUACAUUGCUGGUAAGCAGGUAUGGAAUAAACCAUAAACUGAAAAUGCAAUCUCCUGGGCUCUGCUGGGCACUUCGGAGACUGGACUGCUGAUGUCAGGAACGAGUCCCCACAAACAGCAGGUGAAGCGCUUUGAGACUCAACACCAUCAGGAUCCAACACCUGUAUUACUUAUUGAGGGGAAUAAUGAAUCCUGACUUAAUCGUAUGUAUACUCAGAAAUAGUAUAUAUACACACCAUGUGCGUGU